AUGUUCCCAGUAAUGUCCAACCAUCGCCUCUGGUGGGGUAGGCUUCACAGGAGAGUCUGCCUGAGCCAAGCAGUGCUGAACAGGCAGCCCUUAGAGCGCAUGCACCUCAGAGUUGGAGACCGGGCUGAGCUCAGGAGGGCCUUCACUCAGAGGGAUGUGGCCACCUUCUCAGAAUUAACAGGGGAUGUCAAUCCUUUGCACUUAGAUGAAGAUUUUGCAAAACACACCAGAUUUGGAAAGACAAUUGUCCAUGGAGUUUUGAUCAAUGGACUUAUUUCAGCUCUCCUCGGUACUAAAAUGCCAGGGCCAGGCUGUGUGUUUCUUUCCCAGGAAAUUAACUUUCCAGCCCCUUUAUAUGUUGGGGAAGUUGUUUUAGCUUCUGCAGAAGUGAAAAAGCUGAAGCGGUUCAUUGCCAUUAUUGCAGUAUCGUGUUCCGUACUAGAAAGUAAAAAGACUGUUAUGGAAGGCUGGGUUAAAGUUAUGGUCCCAGAAGCUCCCAAAUCCUGAAAUACGUCUUUAAAGAUACAAAUUCAGACAUCAGUGUUGUUAUUAUUGAAAGCCUCAGGGGAAAACAGGGAUUGCUGUUCUUCAGCAAGGACAGGCUCAUAGACCUAUACUGGGGGAGGGGAGCAGGUAGAGAAAUGUUCCAGUGUCCACUUAUGUUUCACUCUGGAUUAAAUAUAUUCAUCAUCUAUCUAGGUUUUCAACACUGAAAAAAAAAAAUAGGCAAUUUCCUGGUGGUCCAGUGGUUUCACUGCCAGGGACAUGGAUCCAAUCCCUAGUCAGGAAAGUAGGAUCCCACAAGCCAUGUGGCACAGCACACGCAUGCGUACACACACACACACACACACACACACACACACAAGUGAAUAGAGGAGAUCAGAGGUGAUUCUAAGGUUGCACAUUGUUAACCAGGCUCCCAUGAGGUGCCAUUAAAAAAGAAAAAAAAAAACUGAAAAAAGUGUUAGGAAAGUUAUCGUUUAGCUUAAUGAUCUACUUUUAGGAUUUCAGACCUAAUUAGAUUUGCAUUCAUAUAACACAAACCUACCUAUAUCUGUGUAGAAUAAGAAUUUACUAAAGUCACUGAGUUUAUAAGUAGCAAGCAUUUAAUUAUUAAAGGCAAUGAUGGAAGAUAGGUCAUCUUUGAACACCUGUCUUUUAACACUAAAUAUUGUUAGAUCCUGUUCUUCAGCAGUUUCUGAAUCAGAGUUUAUUAUAAUUUGUUACUGUUUACACCAAGAUGGUGAUUUAUUGACCCUUCAGUGUCUCUUGCCCUUCAGAUGGUUUUCCUGUCACUGGGGGAGGGCUUAUGUGCAUCUUUGGACUCAGUUCUGUAAGCUCUCUUGGUUUCAUCUAUAAAGCAGGGAUAACGACUCCAUACAGGAGUGUUGGAGAUGACAAAUACAAAUAGGUAAGCACAAGGCCCAGCCUCUAAACAGUAGCUACUGCUCUUGUCAUUCUCGUCUGUGAGCAAGGUUACAGGUUUCCUGAGUUUGGAGCUAUCUGGCCAAAAAUUAAAGAAUAGAUCAGUCUUUCAGUAUGUCAGCCAAUCGCCAUUGGUUUUCUAAACCUGGAAUAGAUCUUGAGUGCAGUUUCUGUUUUAGCAAUCUAGGUGAUUUUCUCUCUCCCUUGAAAAUAUUUUGGGGGUCCCCACCCAUUAUAUAAAUAAUACAUGCUUUUAUUAAAAUAACUGUAAGAUAAAAAAUUGAAGGAACACUGUGGUGGCCAAGUUCUUAAUUAAGAGUUGAGGGGUGUUAGAGAGGAAAUGUGCCUAAUUUGUUAUUGCUGGUCAUCCUGUACACAGCCAGCACUAUUAAGACAAGAAUCUAUAGUAGAACAUACAGGUAGUCCAUCUGUGCUCUGUGGCUUUAGAUGGUAGCUCAGACCACAGCUGGUUGCUUUGAUCAGGAAGAUAAGAUCAAAUUAAUUGGUUGCAUCUACCCACAUUUCCUAGAAAAAAAAAAUUUUCCUGCUGCUGGAUCAGUAACUAGAUUUCUUUUUAUUUGUUUACAUCAAGUGAGUGAAGUCGCUCAGUCUUGUCCAACUCUUUGCGACCCCAUGGACUUUAGCCUACCAGGCUCCUCUGCCCAUGGGAUUUUCCAGGCAAGAAUACUGGAGUGGGUUGCCAUUUCCUUCUCCAUGUUUGUUACAUCAAGGGGAUCCUUAAAACAGACUACUAGAAAGAAUUGUUCUCAUCACUAGAGGGCAGUGUUGUGUAUAAAUGAGUAGUUUAAUAUUGUACCACAUUCUAGUUUGUGUUGGUAAUGUGGAAAAUACCAAAAUCAGGAUGCAGAGCAAGGAUGCCAUUAUCAUGAGUUUCAUAAUGGGAAGCUUAUAGAGGUUCAGGUUCAUCUGAAGAAGGUGUAUGUUUAGGUGAAACAUGAUACAUGCAGAUAAUUGGAUGUCACAUUGGAAAACAAAACGGAGAACUUGAAUCACAAAAUAAACACUUGAUGCUGAGACCAUCUGUUCCUGCAGAAUUCGUUCUCUGGGACUUAAUGGCAGUCCUGAAGUAUGGGUCUGCAAGUGGAGUGUGGUGUGAUCAUUGAUACUAUAAGUUACCAUUCUUUCAAUGACAAGCCAGGUUUCUACAGUAAUUCUAAUCCUUCAGACAGUUUUAUGAAGUUACUGUUCCAUUUUAUAGGCAAGCCAUUUUAUAGGCUCUGUGACUUGCCCAGGGCUGUACAGCUAGUAUGCAGUAGAGCUGGAAUUCACAUGGGCCUGCCUGGCUCCAGAGCAUUUCUUUUCUCCAUUACCCUGUGGGUCUUAAAAUGUUCCCAUACUGGAACACUAUCAGUUUCUAUAAUAGUAUCUUAUGUUGCAUUUGUAUUUGGAACUACCAUCGUACAUAAUUUUUUUUCUAUUUAGAAUAUUCUAGAUCUUAUUCCCUGUUAAAGUUUUAAUGUUUUCCUCACUGUUACUUGAUGGCUUCUACCAAUACCUAUCGCCUGUACUUUUUCUAAGUUGAUAUUUAUUCAGUGAGUGUCUUCAGAACAGAAUUACUGAAAGAGUUAUUCUAAAGAUGAAACUGUGCAAGUCAGGCGUUGUGGGGACUUGUGUAUAUGAGAUCUGAUGGAUAGCUGAUUAACAGUGUGUAACUUAAAGUAGCUUCUCAGGAAUGUUUCCUUUUUUUUUUUUUUUUUGAUGCUCCAUAGAUGUCAUGGUCUUCUUUGAUCUUUAUAAACUGAAAGAAGAUGGAACAGAGAAUUAGGCAAGGAUUUAGGGAAACUCUGUAAAUGAUAAUUUGUUACUUUUACUCUGAGCCAAGAUUCUCAGACCACUUAUGCUUUGUUAAAGCUGACUAUAGCACAAGCUAGCUGGCUGGCUUUUUCAUUUUGAGCUCUCUACAAGUUGCCAGAAAGAGUAACACUUCUAAUGAAAGCACGAGUGACUCCCAUAUAGGAAAUCCUCUUGCAAGUAAUUGAGAAGUGGCUUUGACUGUCCAGGGUCACAAAGAGAAGUGAGUACAAAAGUACUGACUGAAAGAGCAAGGCAGAUGGUCCUAGUGCUUUCCACGGAGGGGCAUUAUAAGGCUGCAGUUCAUAGGAUGUUUGAUCGCCACAGAAAUAUAUAUCCAUCGUAAGCAAUUUCAGCCUAAUGUACUGGAAAAUUGCUUAACAGAUUUUUGUAUUUGAUUAGAAACAUUUCCACAUUGGUGAAAUGCCACUCAUUUCUUUUUCUGAGCGGUGAAUCUUAAGUAGCGGCAGGGAGAAAGCCUCCCCACAGCCACCGUUCGUCUUGCGUGUUCAGCUAGAAAAAGAAGAAACUGCUAAAGGCCCAUUGGUGCCUCUUAGGUAACCACAGGUUUCCAUUUUGUGCUGAAUUAUUAGGCAUUUUUCUUUUUAUGUUCUUAGAGCAUGAUUAAGAGACCAAUUUACUCCCAAAGAAAAUUGCUACUAAAUUACAUCUAUUACGUUUUGACAUUAAAACAUACUCUUACCAAAGGUCGACAGUCAUUGAGCGGCUGUGCCGCUCUGAAUGCGUCAUGUGCCGGCAGAGUUUAUUAACUGACUCUGCAAGUGCCGUGAAAUGACUCUGGGGCUGCACUUGAGUCUCUCCAGGGUCCCGGAUGUUUCACUCCCUUUGUCCUUGGCUUUUCUUCCUAUGGAUUACACACAGAGACCAGAAUUUUCAACAUCUUCAGAGAAAUUUUGGUUUGCAGAAAAAUCAUAAGAAAACCUAAGACAAAUGUGGACACUACAUAAAUAGAACAGAAUUAAUAGAAGGCUCCACAAACAGUCGAUUUCUAGGCCACAGUCAAUUUCUUGGGUGGCUCUUAGUGAGGCCACAGUUCACAUGACCUUAUAAACCAUGAGCAAAAUUCCUCUGCGAUGUGAUGAAAAAUUCCAGUAUGUAAGGGAAGUAAGAAUAAUCACAAGUGACUUGAAUUUUCUUUUUUUUAAUGCAGAUCAUGAAUAUUUAAAGAAAGAAAAUAAUUCUGAGUGGGGAGGCGAUGCUGCUUAGGAAGCACUGAGUGUUUCACUAGGUUCUGUGAGUUGAUUUGUAGAACAGGUGCCAGGUCUGGAAGCGUCCUCACUAAAACUCAUUAUUUUCAGUCAGUCUGGCCAAAUGUCAAGCCGUUAAACAACCUGUGGACUAUCUAAACAUUUGGCAGCAUACAAGGAUAUAAAUCUUGCUUUAUUUUCCCUUGCAGCCCUGAGUAGUUAUGUAUAUGGCAACAGAAGUACUGCAUAUCUCAUUUGCUUUACCCAGUAUGAGACUGGAAGCAAAGUAGAUUUGAUUCAGAUCAGCUCUGGACUAGGGAGUUUCUCCACAUUCACCGUGAGCCACUUCAAAAGCCAACUGGCUUUACAGACUAUCAUAGCCUAGUCUCCAGAGGAUCCAGGGAUCCAGUUAAGUCUAGGCUCUUCAGGGCACUGAUUUGGGUAGAUAAGAUUAUAAGGCUCUCUAUAGUAUUUAUUCUCAGAGGCUUCAGGCAAGAAUUCCUCGAGCACAGAAAAGCCUAGAUUGAGAGUUAGUCUCUGGCUUCAGUCCAUCAAAUACAUGAUUUCUCACUUUCAGUUUCAUUUCCUUAGUAAGGAAGAGGACAGGCUCUCCUUUGAUGACCUUUGCAACCCAGUUGUAUAAUAUUGUUAUGUUUUUUCCUAAACAUACAAGUAAAAUAUUUUUAGAGACAUUUUGAAAAGUGCAGAAAAAAUAGCAUCAUGAUUCUGUUUGCUAAAGACCUUCAGCUAAUAUUUUGGUGGGCUUCCUUCUGAUGUUUUUCCUAUGAACAUUUUAAAAUCUUGAGAUCAUAAAAUGCAUAUAUUGGGUUUUCUUCCUACUUACUGUUGUAUCUAGGGCAUUCCCCAACAUCAUUAAAUAUCCUUUGAUAAUCUAAUUUUUAAUCUUUGUAAAAUAUCUAUGAUUGUAUCACAAUUUGUCCAGUCUUCUAUUGUUAGAUACAUACUUUUGAGUGCUAUGUAUUUGCACUGAUUCUGAGUAUUUCCUUAAGAUAAUCUCCUACAGGUGGGAUUACUGGGUGAGGACAUUUCGAUGUGUGUUGUCAAAUCCCAGCUGCUAGUGCCAGACCUCUUACAUGGUUAAGUACUCAGUAAAUAAUUGUUGAGUGCAUAAAUGCUCCAAUUUAUAUUCCCCCAGCAGUAUGCAAGAAGAGCCUUGUCUCCGGUCAGCCCACAUGAUAUGAGUAAUGAUUAAAGCCGAAUUUUGGUUUCUGUGAAUCUGGUAAUGAAAUAAGUAUUUGCCUUAAGAAACAUAAGUAAAAAGUGAACCCUCCCUAAGUGAUA